GUCAAGCUAAAGGAAAAUCGCAAAGUCGCAAAAGGGGAAAAGCUUGUUAAUAUUUAUUUCCCACCAUCCACCAUCCGAUUUACAGAACUCCCCAAUAUCAACCCACCACGCCGUCUUUAUCGCCACCACAAGUGAUAUCGAAUCUGAUAUCGAGCCUGCAACACAUUCUUGAUUUGGGCAUCGAGAAACUGGCGCUGGAGUGACACAACCGCAUAGGAUAGUUUUAGCAAAAGGCAAAAAUUAAAAUCAAGCAAGAUGGCUGCACCAGAUGCGACAGAUGCAGCAGAUAUUGAACGUCCCUCCAUCCCCGACCGCAAGCAACGAAAAUCCGUAGUCUUUAAUUCCGAAGCCCUCGUAGUCGAAGCCGACGGUAAAAUUAGCACCAUGGCUUCCGAAGAAACCAAGGAUACCGCUAUUUCUCAUACUCCCCGUACGCCGCCGCUCUCAGCAGCUCUUGGGGCCUUUACUGAUUCGAAAGAAGCUCCGGUCGAUGACGCCGCCCCUCUCACUGAAGAUGGCGGCCUCGAUCUUCUUAAGAAGAAGAAGAAGAAGCCUAAGAAGACCGAGGAUGGAGAAGGGGAGGCCGACGGUGCAGCUGACGGAGCUGAUGCUGGCGGCGUCGACCUCCUCAUGAAGAGGAGAAAGAAGAAGAAGACCAAGGCCGAGACUGAUGAAUUCGCUGCUAAACUUGCAGCGCUCAAUCUCGACAAGGAGGGUGGUGACGCAGAAGGUGCUACCGACGCUAAGACCGAGGAGCAAAGCGGAGAUAUGGAGAAGGGAACUGGUAUCUGGAGUCACGAUGAGACUAAGGCAAUUAGCUACGACUUGUUACUCGGACGCUUUUUCAGCCUGCUAGCUCAGAAGAACCCCGACCACGCCUCAAGCGGCACCCGAAGUUACAAGAUCCCGCCUCCCCAGUGCUUACGUGAAGGCAACAAGAAGACCAUCUUCGCCAACAUCCAGGAGAUCACCAAGAGAAUGAAGCGAAGCGAGGAGCACGUUACCGCCUACCUGUUCGCCGAGUUGGGUACGAACGGUUCCGUCGACGGAAGCAGACGAUUGGUUAUCAAGGGUCGAUUCCAACAGAAGCAAAUCGAGAAUGUCUUGCGAAAAUACAUCAUCGAGUACGUCACCUGCAAAACAUGCCGAUCUCCCGACACAGAGCUCAACAAGGGAGAGAACCGUCUCUACUUCAUCACCUGCAACUCGUGCGGAUCCCGUCGGUCCGUCACCGCCAUCAAGACCGGUUUCUCCGCCCAGGUCGGCAAGAGAAAGAAGAUGCAAGGUUAAGCUGCGUUUCGCUAGCACGGUCCCUACUGUUGAUAUGCCAGGACUUUCUGUCUUCAUAUGGGUUCUUCGCGCGGCGUGUCUGAGAUAGAUGCGUCGCUAGGUAGUUACUAGGCGGGCUAGACUGAAAAAUGGCAAAUGGGAAAAGGCUUUUUCAUAUUUCGCAGCGAAUUCUAUGUUUUAUAAGAUUGUAUGUGAUUGUGAUGUUCCA